GCAGAUUUGAGCAGUACAUGGGCAGAUUUCACGCUUCUGCCGAGGAAAGCAUGCAGUCUCGAAAGACGCCGAGAUUUGCAGGCUUCUGCUGACGAGACCAUAGUCGGAGCUUCUCAAGUGCGGGCAGGACCGACACCGAUGCUCCAUAUGCGAGAACUUGUUGGUCGGGGACUUUCUUCCUCCCGAAUCGCGCAAUCUACUAUUCGAGAAGUACGAAAUCCUGUUGUCGCUAUUCUCCAGGCAGCACGAACCAGAGAGAGUGGAGUUCCGAGGGACAAGAUAUUCUCGAUGCUGGAGAUCUAUCGCAUUUGUGCAGGGACAGAGUUGCCACUCGUUGAACCCGACUAUCAUCGAUCAUGCGAAGCAAUCAUGAUCGAGGCUGCAGAGAACAUUAUCCUUCAUCAAAAUAAUCUGGACAUUCUAUCGUGCGCUGCCGAUCACCGCCAUCGUCGAGACCGUAUACUUCCCUCGUGGGUCCCGGACUGGAGAGAGCAGCUUUGUCCCGAGAUGCAUUUCAAUGGAUAUUCGCUAGGAUCAGCCAUUGCCAAGACCGAACAUACGUUUUGCAAGAUUAGAGAUGAUCACCGGCUACUCGAAUCCUGGGGCUAUAUUCUCAACAAGAUCGAUCGCGCAAUCCGCAUUGAUAUCUCUGAUCGAGAAGCGUUCGCUAACAGUGUCUUGGCUUCAGCUAAGAUGGUCAGCGAUCCUUCUGCCCACGAUAACUACGGCACCAAGGCGUUCUGGCUUUCAAUUUUGUUCUUCCUCGAUGCUCGUAUGUUCGACAUCUAUCAAUGGAGCUUCGGCGGCCAGUGCGAUCCCACCGAAGCACAUGGAGAGGAUGCAUUGCCUGACGGCGAUGUGCGGAAGCUAGAAUCUCUCAGCGCCCCACAAUUCCCGCCGCGAUCACGAGAUGCUGCAGUCGAAUUGACAGACGUACUCUGGAAAUAUUUCUACUCCGAGAAAUUCCCGCAGUGGAUCUACGACGGUUCAAAUAUCUUCUUGACUCGCAUGGGAAGCUGCGUUGUGGCUCCGAAGACGGCGAAGAGUGGGGAUGAGAUCGUCCUCUUCCCAAACACCGCGUACAUGUUCACGUUGCGGCGUAUCUUCGAGUAUCACCAUGUCACUGGACCCUGGUGAGUCUCUACCGCUUUGAUUCCUUCGCAUUCACUUUUGCGCUGACUUCUGGUUACAGUCGUUUCACAGACCCCGAUGACAUCGACAUGAUCCGAGAGCGAUACUCUUUUCUUCCGCGCACCGAAUUCUUGAUAGCAUGAGCCACGGG